UAAUUAUUUAGUAUUUAAAAGUAAAAAAAGAAGUAUUACAGUUAAAAUAUAUCGAGGACUAUUGAGAAUCAUAAUUUCACCGUUUUUGUCGCAGCCUCAAUUCUAGCUCGAAAAACAUGGACCAAAAGAUACCUUACGAUGAUUAUCAGCUGCCAGUAGUAUUUCUCCCUUCCUAUGAGAGCCCUCCUGCAUGGAUACCUCCACAAGAGAGGAUACAUCACCCUGACUACAACAAUGAGCUCACUCAGUUCCUACCUCGCACUGUAGUGUUAAAUAAGCCCCCCGGUGCACAACUGGGCUUCAAUAUCCGUGGAGGAAAGGCCUCCCAGCUUGGUAUUUUUAUUUCAAAGGUGGUGCCAGAUUCAGAUGCCCAUAGGGCAGGACUGCAAGAGGGUGAUCAGGUGCUUUCUGUCAAUGACGUGGACUUUCAAGACAUUGAGCAUUCCAAGGCUGUGGAGAUUUUAAAGACCGCGAGAGAGAUUUUGAUGAAGGUUCGAUACUUCCCUUACAACUACCAGCGGCAGAAGGAGAGGACUGUACACUAGGUGGCAGAGCUGGCCUUCAUGACUGAACCGGUGCAGUGACGCAGCUGAUGAGGCGUUGGUGUAUCUGUGAAACCUUUAGCUGCCCUGCAUCAUCUUCCUCCCACUAACUAUUUUCUCUGACUAAGAGACUGCUCAAAGAAAUCAUCUUCAAACACUUUGCGACAUGCCUGAUGAUUCACAGCUUCUUCACCCACAGUGGUGGUUUUGAGCUGUGCCAGUUUUGAAUGCAGCUGGCCGAAUUUUCAGAUACUUUCCCCUCUUCUGUUUUCUCAUCAUUUCCUUUCCUCUGGGAAAAUAAGCAUAUUCUAUGAGAUACACCAUAUUGCCAAAAGUAUUGGGACACCCCUCCAAAUCAUUGAAAUCAGCUGUUCCAUUCACUUCCAUGGCCACAGAUGUAUAAAAUCAAGCACCUAGGCAUGCAGACUGCUCCAACAAACAUUUGUGAAAGAAUGGAUCGCUUUCAGGAGCUCAGUAAAUUCAAGCGUGGUACCGUGAUAGGUUGCCACCUGUGCAAUAAGUCCAUUUGUGAAAUAUCCUCAGUACUAAAUAUUCCAUGGUC